AGGCAAUGCCGCGGACAGCCAUGGGGGCCUUAGAAAGGACCCCGGAAACACGCGGGAAACUGGCAGCGCUGGAACAUGGAGGAACUGGACGUGGAGCCGGCGGAAACGGUAACCAACUCAUUAUCAUCAUAGGAGACCCACUGAUACAGCUCUAUUACUAUUAUUAUUAAUUAUCAUAGGGGACACACUGAUACAGCUCUAUUACUAUUAUUAUUAAUUAUCAUUGGAGACACACUGAUACAGCUCUAUUACUAUUAUUAAUUAUCAUAGGGGGACACACUGAUACAGCUCUAUUACUAUUAUUAUUAAUUAUCAUAGGGGACCCACUGAUACAGCUCUAUUACUAUUAUUAUUAAUUAUCAUAGGGGACACACUGAUACAGCUCUAUUACUAUUAUUAUUAAUUAUCAUAGGAGACACACUGAUACAGCUCUAUUACUAUUAUUAUUAAUCAUCAUAGGAGACACACUGAUACAGCUCUAUUACUAUUAUUAUUAAUUAUCAUAGGGGACCCACUGAUACAGCUCUGUUACUAUUAUUAUUAAUUAUCAUAGGGGACCCACUGAUACAGCUCUAUUACUAUUAUUAUUAAUUAUCAUAGGAGACCCACUGAUACAGCUCUAUUACUAUUAUUAUUAAUUAUCAUAGGGGACCCACUGACACAGCUCUAUUACUAUUAUUAUUAAUUAUCAUAGGAGACACACUGAUACAGCUCUAUUACUAUUAUUAUUAAUUAUCAUAGGGGACACACUGAUACAGCUCUAUUACUAUUAUUAUUAAUUAUCAUAGGAGACACACUGAUACAGCUCUAUUACUAUUAUUAUUAAUUAUCAUAGGGGACACACUGAUACAGCUCUAUUACUAUUAUUAUUAAUUAUCAUAGGAGACACACUGAUACAGCUCUAUUACUAUUAUUAUUAAUCAUCAUAGGAGACACACUGAUACAGCUCUAUUACUAUUAUUAUUAAUUAUCAUAGGGGACCCACUGAUACAGCUCUAUACUAUUAUUAUUAAUUAUCAUAGGACCCACUGAUAUACAGCUCUAUUAAUAUUAUUAUUAAUUAAUAUCAUAGGGACACACUGAUACAGCCUAUUACUAUUAUUAUUACCAUCAUAGGGACACACUGAUAAGCAGCUCUAUUAAUAUUAUUAUUAAUUAUCAUAGAGACACACCGGAUACAGCUCUAUUACUAUUAUUAUUAAUUAUCAUAGGGGACACACUGAUACAGCUCUAUUACUAUUAUUAUUAAUUAUCAUAGGGGACCCACUGAUACAGCUCUAUUACUAUUAUUAUUAAUUAUCAUAGGGGACCCACUGAUACAGCUCUAUUACUAUUAUUAUUAAUUAUCAUAGGAGACCCACUGAUACAGCUCUAUUACUAUUAUUAUUAAUUAUCAUAGGGGACCCACUGAUACAGCUCUAUUACUAUUAUUAUUAAUUAUCAUAGCGGACACUCUGACACAGCUCUAUUACUAUUAUUAUUAAUUAUCAUAGGGGACCCACUGAUACAGCUCUAUUACUAUUAUUAUUAAUUAUCAUAGGGGACCCACUGAUACAGCUCUAUUACUAUUAUUAUUAAUUAUCAUAGGGGACCCACUGAUACAGCUCUAUUACUAUUAUUAUUAAUUAUCAUAGGAGGACCCACUGAUACAGCUCUAUUACUAUUAUUAUUAAUCAUAGGAGACACACUGAUACAGCUCUAUUACUAUUGUUAUUAAUUAUCAUAGGGGGACCCACUGAUACAGCUCUAUUACUAUUAUUAUUAAUUAUCAUAGGGGACCCACUGAUACAGCUCUAUUACUAUUAUUAUUAAUUAUCAUAGGGGACUCACUGAUACAGCUCUAUUACUAUUAUUAUUAAUUAUCAUAGGAGACACACUGAUACAGUACUAUUAUUAUUAAUUAUCAUAGGGGACAUACUGAUACAGCUCUAUUACUAUUAUUAAUCAUAGGGGAAACACUGAUACAGCUCUAUUACUAUUAUUAAUCAUAGGGGAAACACUGAUACAGCUCUAUUACUAUUAUUAUUAAUUAUCAUAGGGGACCCACUGAUACAGCUCUAUUACUAUUAUUAUUAAUUAUCAUAGGGGACCCACUGAUACAGCUCUAUUACUAUUAUUAUUAAUUAUCAUAGGGGACAUACUGAUACAGCUCUAUUACUAUUAUUAAUCAUAGGGGAAACACUGAUACAGCUCUAUUACUAUUAUUAUUAAUUAUCAUAGGAGACACACUGAUACAGCUCUAUUACUAUUAUUAAUCAUAGGGGACCCACUGAUACAGCUCUAUUACUAUUAUUAUUAAUUAUCAUAGGAGACACACUGAGCCCCAUAUUAAUAUUAUUUAUCAUCAUAGCGGAUACACUGAUACCACUCUUAUUUUUGUUAUUGAUUUUGUUCCCCCUGGACUCAUUAUAACCAUACUGACUGCAGACUGACAGCCCUCCAGUGUGUGCUGUGUACAGCACGCCAGACUAGACAGCCCUCCAGUGUGUGCUGUGUACAGCACGCCAGACUAGACAGCCCUCCAGUGUGUGCUGUGUACAGCACGCCAGACUAGACAGCCCUCCAGUGUGUGCUGUGUACAGCACGCCAGACCAGACAGCCCUCCAGUGUGUGCUGUGUACAGCACGCCAGACCAGACAGCCCUCCAGUGUGUGCUGUGUACAGCACGCCAGACCAGACAGCCCUCCAGUGUGUGCUGUGUACAGCACGCCAGACCAGACAGCCCUCCAGUGUGUGCUGUGUACAGCACGCCAGACCAGACAGCCCUCCAGUGUGUGCUGUGUGCAGCACGCCAGACUAGACAGCCCUCUAGUGUGUGCUGUGUGCAGCACGCCAGACUAGACAGCCCUCCAGUGUGUGCUGUGUGCAGCACGCCAGACUAGACAGCCCUCCAGUGUGUGCUGUGUGCAGCACGCCAGACCAGACAGCCCUCCAGUGUGUGCUGUGUACAGCACGCCAGACCAGACAGCCCUCCAGUGUGUGCUGUGUACAGCACGCCAGACCAGACAGCCCUCCAGUGUGUGCUGUGUACAGCACGCCAGACCAGACAGCCCUCCAGUGUGUGCUGUGUACAGCACGCCAGACCAGACAGCCCUCCAGUGUGUGCUGUGUACAGCACGCUAGACAGCCCUCCAGUGUGUGCUGUCUACAGCACGCUAGACUAGACAGCCCUCCACAUAUUUUGUAUUAAGUAUUUUUAUAUCUAUUCUUCAUUUACCCUGCAGCUCAUCCCAGGAAUGGGGCAUCGGGAUCUUCCUAUAGGAUUUGCCUGGGGACCUGGAGAUCUCUUGCUGUAUGACACUCAGUACCUUGAUUCAGGUAGAAGUUGUCUCAAAGCCAUUGACUCACAAACGUUUAUUUAAGGAUGUAUUCAUUAAACCGAGAAUUGUUUUACAAUGAAUGGUGAUCGUAAACAGAGGAGCUUGGGUUAGUUUCCUGCAUAGAGACUUUGUUAUAAACCUGACUGGCCUUUGCUGUCCUAUGUGGGUACCUUUCACGAUGUGUUAACAGGAACACUUCAAACCCCUAAACUACUCCAGCUUGCCCUUUUACUCUCUCCCUCCCUUCCCCCCCCACUUCAUAAAAGUGAUGAUUUUAAAACAGUACAGCGCUAUAAAUAACCUUAUUAUUUAUAAUGCUGGAGUGUUCCUUUUAAGUUUUAUUUUGUGGUGUAGAUGUUUUGCUGUGAAUGACGGUGAUAUUUAAAAACAAAUUGGUAAACUUGCCAAGCUGUAAGUGUAGCUUAGAUGAUUUUUUCCCCCCUCCAAAUCCUAUUUUAGUUUAACGUUUGUAAUUUGUCUCUCAGUUCAUUAGUUAUUGAAUAAACCUUGCGGCAUACAUGAAUUUCUCCAAGUAGUAAUGUGAAUGUGUGGAAACGUCUUUAUCUCAUUGAAAUCUUCUAAUUAGAUUAGAGAGAGAACACAGAUUUUUUUUUUUCUUUUUUAAAGUGAGUGUUGUUAUACAUUGCUAGAGAGAAAAAAAAUAUAUUGUCAAAAGCAAAGACAGAUAAAAGAACCGUAUGAAUAGUAGGCAAUAGUAUACAAUUGAAUAAAUAGACCACACAAUGUAAACAGACACAAAUUGUUAACUUUUAACGUUUAUUGUUCGAGGCUGUGGUGUUUUAUUUAAAGCUCAAGGGGGCAGAACAAUCAUACACUUUAAAACGAUUAACCUAUAUCUUGUGAAACUUUGUGCCCUAUAUUCAUUAAACAUCACCGAAUUGCCAUCCAGUCCUAGAUGACCUGACCGCCUUUCAUACCAUUUACCACCAAGUCUAUGCUCAUAACUUGCCCCUACUGUGUCAACUGGGAGAGAGGAGACCCCCUUCCCCUCCACCCCCCACAGCAAAAGCCCUCUCAAAAUAUUUUGUAGAUCCAAGUUUAAAUUUAAAUAGCAAUUUGGUACCUGAACUUAAUUUCUACUUAAACCCAUAUCUUUGCCAAGCAAAGCUACACCUGUAGAAAAAAUCACACAAUGUUUUUUUUUUGUUUUUUUUUUUAUUUGCAUUUUAUAGAAUUCACAGUCUUAUUACAGGUAUACAGGGUAUGCGGGUUACAGUCACAUUACAACAUAGAGAGAGUACAAUAUAGUGCGCAGCAUGCUUUGUCAAAGUAACAACUUAACUAUACAGUAAUGAUACUUGUGUUGAACAUUCAUGUAGUAGUGACAUUAGAGUUACGCCUUUAAAACAAAUAGACAAAUAGACAACUCAUUCUGACAUUGCUAUUGUACCCAUGUUUGUGUUGCUCUCUUUCUUGUCCAAUGGGCGUGAUAGUGAGAGUUGUCUUUCCACUCCGCCAGUCUUGGUAAGUGCUUAGCUGUGAAGCAACCCCCAUCUCCCUGGUGCUCAACUACUUUUCCGAUGAAAGAAAAUUUUUUCGAACUUGGGGGUAUAACCUGGGUAUAAUGCAGGGAAAGAGGGGGAGGUAGAGGAGGGGAGGGGCGGUGUUGGUCCCUCAGUCUAGCCCAGUAUAUGGGCCGGUUCUUCGGCCCUAAGAAUUUGCGUCAGAGUAUUCACCCAGCUUUAAGUAGGAAGAGGUGGUGUGUGGGCUUCCUUGUAUUCAAAGAUGCAGUGCUGAGAAGGAAUGCGUUUUUCCUUUCUCUAAAGCAUCGUUCUAUGGAUUACAGCGUGAAAGGUGUGUAGAGUGUUUAAGGUUUCACCGUUUUUUGUUGAUAUGUGUCCCAUUUUUCCCACGCCUCCUUCCAGAAUUUUUGUGGUGGAUUAUUGGAUCUGGCCAUUAUCUCGUACCCCUUUAUGGUUUCAAUGUGUGUUAUGCAGCUCUGUAUGCUGGGGGUCGUCUGCUUUUGCCAGUGUUUGCUGAUCUGCAGCAGAACUGCCAAGAUAAUGUGAUACAUUAAAUAUCGAGAUGUUUUUGUGUGGUGUGGAGGCAUAUACUGUAGAAGAAAAAGCUCAGGAGUAUAUGCGAGAGCUGCACCUGUAGUAUUUUUAAUUAGAGCCUGUGUGUCCGUCCACAGUGGUGUCAGGACCAGGCAGUCCCACCAUAUGUGUAGCAUGGUUCCCUGGGCUUUGUUGCAUCUCCAGCACAGUCCUGUACUCUUAGGUAUCAUAUGUUUUAGACGGGUUGGUACUAAAUACCAGCGGUAUAAUACUUUCCUGGCUAGUUCUAGAUGGGCUGUGCUGAGUGUGAGUUUCUUAUUCUCAUACAGUAUAUAUGACCACUGCUCUUUUGUUAACUGUCUUCCUAGUUCCGCUUCCCAUGCUUUUACAAACUGUAAUGUAUGUGGGUCUAGUGCUCGAUGAUGGUGAUUAUAUAGUGUGGAGAUUAGCUUAAGUGGUCUUUUCGUUUGUGUGCAAAGGCUUUCUAAUUCAGUGAAAGUGCCCCAUCUGUCUCCUGCAGGAAGUACCUUUUUAUUUUUCUGCAACCAUGAGUGUAUCUGUCUGUGCGCAAAUGCUGCUGCGUUGGGUAAGUGGUAUGUAUUUUGCAGUUGUCUGAAGGGGAUGACCUCUCCCUGAUCAAACAACUGAUGUAAGUAUAUCAGACCCCUACUGCUCCAGGACGCCAUGUUUAAUGAGGGUAUUAGUCCAUAAAAGGAAUCCAGGAGGAAGACUGGGGAGAGCUCCCUAUCGAAACCCUGUUCUUUAUGAAAUCUGUCCCAUUCUCGUAAUGUUGUGGCCGUGAGUGGUGACAUAUUGUUAUAUUUUUUCCUGAGAUGUGGUGGAGUCCAGGCCAUGUGCGUUAUGUGUUGUCCCCCAGUGAGCUCUGCUUCUACGGUUACCCAAGGGGAUGGUUUGUCAUGCUGGUGUAAUUCGUUGACCAGCGGUGCAAGUAUAGCUGAUCUGUAGUACGUGGCUAAAUGUGGUAAUCCCAUGCCCCCUCCCUUAUAUGUGCGAUACAUGAUGUUUGCCGCUAUUCUGGGUUUCUUGUGGGACCAGACAAAGGUAUUAAUCAAUUGUUGUGCGUCAUGAAGAAAUUUUUUUGAGAGCCUAACUUGUAAUGUACGGAACAGGUAUUGCAAUCUCGGGAGGAUUUUCAUUUUGACUGCAGCUAUCCUACCCAUCCAUGAUAUGUAUUUCCCUUUCCAAUCUGUUAGCUGCUGUUUUAUGGAUGUAAGGAGUUUGCCAUAAUUCUCCCGAUGUAAGUUCCUCUCUAGUUUCGUAAAUUUUAUGCCUAAGAAAGUUAAGUGGUCUUGUCUCCAUUCAUAAUGGUAUUUCUGUUGCAAGACUGUAUAUAGCGCCGCGGGCAUAUGUAGACUCAUUGCCUGUGUUUUAGAGCUAUUCAAUUUGUAAUACGAGCAGUUGCUAUACUGCUGUAACAGAGUCUGGAGUUCUGAGAUAGAGGUGAGUGGGUCAGACAAGGAGAGCAUAACGUCAUCCGCAAACAUCGUUAAUUUGUAUGUUUUAUGUUUAAUUUUCACACCUCGGAUUUGGCUGUUAUCCCGUAUCGCCUGGGCCAAUGGCUCUAGCGCAAGGAUGUAUAGGGCUGGGGAGAGCGGGCAUCCUUGUCUCGUUCCAUUUGUGAUAAGGAACGGCUUGGAUACAAACCCGCCAUUAGCUACUUGUGCCGAUGGUGUGGAGUACAGUGCUGAGAGUAGGGAUAGGAAUUGUUGUGGGAAUGCAAAUUUUUGUAGUACAGUUCGCAGGAAGUUCCAAUGUAGUCUGUCGAACGCCUUCUCGGCAUCCAGGGACAUAAAGACCCUGGACUCUCCGGGAGGCGUCCCACUGUAUAGAAGGCUGUGGAGUUUCCGAGUGCCGUCAGUUCCCUGACGUCCCUUCACAAAUCCCACUUGAUCCGGGUGCGUAAUAAAAGGGACAAGGGCCGCUACACGAUUGGCGUAUAUUUUAGCUAAGAGUUUUGUAUCUGUGUUUAAUAGUGAGAUAGGCCUUAAGUUUUUUGGUUGCGUAGGUGGUUUCCCUGGUUUUGGUAGCGUGGCUAUGUGCGCUAAUAGCAUUUCUGAGGGCAUCUUCCCUGUGUGUACAAUAUGGUUCAGUGUAUGUACUAGAUGGGGGCUCAGGAUGCUCGAAAAGACUUUGUAGUAAGUGUUCGUGAAGCCGUCUGGGCCGGGUGAUUUCCCUGAAGGGAGUGUACGGAUAGUUUGCUGUAAUUCUUUCAGUGUAAUCGGUUCUAUCAGGGAUUCCUGCUGUUGUUGUGUUAAUUUUGUCAAUUUUAUCUGCGAGAGAAAGUUAUUAAUUUCAACUGGUGUUGGCUGAUGCGUUUGGGGGUCCUUUGCUAAGUUGUACAGGUUUUGGUAAUAGGCUGCUGUUUCUUCAUUGAUGUCUAGGGGGUUAUAUAUUUUCCCUCCUUUGCUGGUGAGUAAAUAUGAGAUUUUGGAGUGGGCUUGGUGAUGUCUCAGCAAAGAUGCUAAUUUUUUCCCCGCUCUGUUCCCAUGGGUAUAAUGUUUCAAUUUGAGUGUUUGUAGGGUGCGUGCUGUUUUUUGAAGUAAGAGAUCAUUUAGUUGUUUAGUGAUUUGUUCUAUUUCAAUGUGAAGGCCAGGAGUGGGGUGUAGGAAUUGGGCUGCGUUUAAGUCACGCAGUUUGGUCAGUAGGGUAAGACGCGCUUGUUGAGAAGUCCUAUUUAGAAAGGACGCUCUGCUGAUGAGCUGACCUCUAAUGACUGCUUUAUGAGCCUGCCAAGAGGUGGUAGGUAAUAUGUCAGGUUGAUUGUUAAGUUGGAAAUAUUUAUCUAUUUCAGUUUCCAAUUCCUUUUUAAAAAUAUCGUUAUAUAGGAGGGUGUCGUUCAGUCGCCACGGGGCUUUCCCUCUAUGUUUGUAAGUGUCCUGGGUUAUGAGGGUCACUGGAGCGUGGUCUGACCACACUAUGUCCCCUAUACUACUCUGUACUGCGGAGGGUACCAAAUCUCUUGACACCAGUAUGACGUCUAUUCUGGAGUGGGUUCCAUGCACCUUGGAAUGGAAAGUGUAAUUUUUAUCAUUCGGGUGUUUCGUUCGCCAUAUGUCAUAUAAGUUAUGGUCAAGUAAUAGCUUAGUGAUGGCUUUGCAUUGUGGUAUUAAGGAUCUAUGUCUAGGAGUAGAGGGAGACACUGUCGUGUCCAUAGUCGGUUGGAGAAUGUGGUUCAUGUCACCACAUAUUAUGAUGCCAGCUUUGUGCUCUUGGGGUAGCUUGCUCAGUACUCUAUGCAAAAAAUUGCGUUGGUUGGAGUUUGGGCUGUAUAUGCCUACCAAGGUAUAUAUGGCUCUGUUAAUUUGACAGUGGAUUAUUAAAUAUCGGCCUUGUGCGUCUGUUUUGACGUUUAGCAGUUCAAAAGUGAGCGAUUUGUGAAACAGGAAGGACACUCCUCUAGUUUUGGAAGAAUAAGUCGUGUGAUACUGCGUCGGAUAGUCCUGUUUCCCAAAUUCUGGUAUCCUCCCACGCACAAAGUGCGUUUCCUGAAGGCACAUAAUGUCUAUCUUAGCUGUCUUUGCUUCCUCUAAUAAAACUCUACGUUUAUGAGGGGUGUUCAGCCCUCGUACAUUAUGUGAGUGUAUUUUCAUAAUAUGAUGUUAUGUGGAUUCGUUGCUGAAUUUGCAGUUUACUUCUUAUUCUAUCUUCCCUUCGUAUGAGUAUUUCGAUUGUGCUUAUAUCGGGAAAGGAUGCCUCUGUGGGGGCGAUCUCGAUCAUAGCUGGUGUGGGUAAUAGCUUGGGCUUUCUCAUCCAUGCGGGACUAGGGUCAAGGAAGAGGGGAGGUGUUAACCGGUUAAUAACAAAAACAAAGUAUUUACAUGUAUGAGUCUCGGUACUGGUGAUGAGUACCAUGGGGGUGGAAACUCGCAGGUUUCCGUGUCGUGGCUAUGGGUCUUCCGCUGUCUCCUAAUCUUUGGGGACGGUCGGUCAUAUUAGGUCACCCAUGUAUCAAGUACUGAGUAAUAAGAGUCUUAUAGGUUCUUUGGGUAUGUGUACUGCUGUACUAAGAAAGAGGGUAAAUGGUAGUAGGACUAAGAAAAAAAUUUUUUUUUUUUUUUGUUAUGUCCAUUCGUAGGUUCACAUACUUAUAUAGAUACACAACAUAAGUUCACCUUAAUCUACAGCUGGUGAGCGCGUCCAGUAAGGCAGCGUCUUGCUCCCAGUAGCUGGAAGGGCUCGCCAAAGUAACAGGUAUCUAGUAAUUACAUUCUGAACCUGUGUUAUAUAAUUUUUUUAUUUUUUUUUAUUUUUUUAUUUUUUAUUUUUUUAAAUAAAACUAUAGGCAUGCUCUCUGCAGAACAUUGCCUUUCCCAUAAGCUACCGGCUGCUAGGGGAGAUUUAUUCAUCUCCAGACCUCCAUUAAGUGUUUGGGGAGUUAUUGCCCUCCGGUUUAAGUAGCCUUAGGGAACCAUGUGGCCUAAUAUGGUAUAACCAAUCCUAUAUGAACCCGAAAAAAACUUUUUUUUUUUUAUAAAACAUUUUUCUAACUUUUCCUCAGUCCUUGUCCUUAUUGCAAGCACACAUGUAUAAACAGAUUUAUACUUGCGGAUGUUCAGCAGUUCAUGUUUUGUGCCAGUCCAGUGGGAUGCGCCUGGUAGGUGGGGUGUGAUGCUCCGGUCUUUGGUCCAUAAAUCCCCAGGCCUGUAGCUUGCGAAGUCCAUCUUCAGGUGAUGUGAUGACUUGGGUGGCGUUGUCUUUCGUCACCAACAUUUUAGUGGGAAAGCCCCAUCUAAAUCUAAGGCCGUGAGCUCUGACGGAGUUGGCGACUGGAGCAAACUCUUUCCUUCUGCGGAGAGUGGACGCCGAGAGAUCAGCGAAGAUCAGCAGGUUUGGAUAACCUUCCAGUGGUGUCGCUUUAUUCCUGCUUGACUUUAGUAUAAUUUCUUUAACAUGGUAAUAAUGCAUGCGCAGCAGCACAUCCCGCGGUGCGGUUUCUGGUAGGAACCUUGGUCUAGGCAGGUGGUGUACUCGGUCCACGAGUAACAUGUCGGUAGGUAUGUCUGGGGCAUAUGCGUUAAACACACCUCUGACAUAUGCCUGCAGGUUCUCCGGCACAACAUCUUCCGGGAUUCCUCUGAUGCGCAGGUUAUUCCUGCGUGCGCGAUCCUCCAGGUCGGUUAUUUUAUUUUCUGUCGCCAGUAAUUUUUGUUCUAGUUGUUCCACAUGAGAGGCAAUGUCAUUGUGGGCUGUGGCAAAUUCUGCCAUCUUGUUCUCCAUGUGGGAGGUGCGCUUGCCCAAUUCUUGCAUGUCCUUCCUCAGCGAAUCCGCCGUGUGUUGCCAUGAUGCAAUCAACUUGUUUGACAGGGUGUCCAGAGCUUGUUGCAAGUAGCUCUUGGUGAGCUUAUCAGACUCCCCCUCCUGCAUUGUCGCUGUGUGCUCCGGGCUGUCAUUAGUGGGGCCGCCAUCUUGCGACCAGGCCCGAGCCUCCUCCGGCUCCUGGUGCUGUUUGCCUCCAAAGAAGUUGAUUUUGUCCGCUUUUGGUGCAUUCUUCUUGCUCCUCUGCUGUGCCAUCUCUCGUUUUCGUGCAGUUUUACCGCCGUGUUGCGCUGGAUGGGGUCAGAUUGCGACCCGUGAUGCCGGAGCGAAAGGAUCACACGUCCAUUUCUCUCGGCGGUUAGCCACGCCCCCUUAAAAUCACACAAUGUUUUAACAUUGCAAAUUCAGCUUCUGGCAAGGUCAUGUUACUCUAACCAGCGCAAGCUCGGAACCCUCACAGGUCACGCCAAAACAGCUGUAGGGAACAGUGCACGAAGGGAUAUAUGCAUAUUUCUUCUUUUUAGUAACACAAACUAUUAGACUUAAUUAUUCUAUCAUCAUUCCCCCUGAACCCAAAUUAGAACAGCUGGAACAGGAUAUCUUGAUGAGCGAUCCAAAAUAAUGCCCAUUAUUUGUGACAUUUUUAGGCCACUCAAUAUAUUGCCACAUCUUCUUGAUUUGUAACACAGGCUUAGUCCAUAUAUUCUAGUUCCAAACCUUUGCAUGGCCCAGUUAAUAAAAUAAUGACCUCUAACUCAAACGCUUUGUUACGGUACCGAAAGGAAAAACAAGGAAUGACAAAAAGCAGAUAAACAGAACUUCAUAUUAUUAUGCUUUUAUUAACCCCUUAAGGACCGAGGACGGUUCAGGACCGUCAUUGGCAUUUUUGCCUUGCCGACCGAUGACGGUCCUGAACCGUCCUAACGGUCUGGGGGUACUUACCUGAUCGCCGUCGUUCCCCCGGCGGCGAUCAGUGUUCCUCCGGUUGUGGGGAGACUGCCUGCAGCCCAGACAGUCUCCCCACGGCAGAUUAGGACCCCUGUGGCCAUGUGAUCGCUUAACACAGCGAUCACAUGGUCACAAUAGGUGUCCAUGUGUCUGCCUGCAGGGGACUGUCUGUGCUGACAGGCAGUCUCCCUGCUAGUGUAAAAUAAAAAAAAUAAAGUUAGUGUUAAUAAAAAUAAAUAAAAUGUCAUACUAAGUGUAUUUUUAUAUUAAUAUGUACUUAUAUUAAUAUAAAAAUACACUUAUAAUUAAAUUACACACGUAUAUAUAUAAUAUAUAUAAUAACUAUAUAUAUUGUAUAUAUAUAUUAUUAUAAAAUAUAAAUAAUAAGUAAUUUAAAUUAAAUAAAAUUUUUUAAAUAAUAAUAAAAAUUUAAAAAAAAUUAUAUAGCUAUAUGAAAUUUUAUUCUAACUGUAUUUUAAAAUUAAUAUAUAUAUAUUUAUAUCAAAAUACACUUAGAAUGAAUUUGUAUAUAUAUCUAUGUAUAUAAAAAUAAAUAAAAAUAAUAAGAAAUAUACAUACGUCCAUAUACAAAAUUACAUAAAUAAUUAUAUAAAUAUACACGUAGACUUCAAAUAUAUAAAUAUGCAUAUAUAUUUAAAUUCUACGUGCGUAUUUAUGUAAUAUUUUUACAUAAUUCAGUAAUUUUAUUGAUUGCAAUUUGAGGGACCUGCCUGCCAACCCAGGCCGAAAUUCCAGAGAAUUUAAUUUGCUAGCACUGUAUUUUACCCUGUAACGUUCUACGACACCCUAAAACCUGUACAUGGGGGGUACUGUUUUACUCGGGAGACUUCGCUGAACACAAAUAUUAGUGAUUCACAACAGUAAAACAUAUCACAGCGAUGAUAUUGUCAGUGAAAGUUACUUUUUUUGCAUUUUUCACACACAAACAGCACUUUUACUGAUGAUAUAAUUGUUGUGAUACGUUUUCCAGUUUUUAAACACUAAUAUUUGUGUUCAGCGAUGUCUCCCGAGUAAAACAGUACCCCCCAUGUACAGGUUUUAUAGCAUUUUUGAAAGUUACAAGGUCAAAUAUAUGGGUCAAAUAUUUUUACAUUGAAAAUGGCCAGGUUGGUUACGUUGCCUUUGAGAGCGUAUGGUAGCCCAGGAAUGAGAAUUACCCCCAUGAUGGCAUACCAUUUGCAAAAGAAGACAACCCAAGGUAUUGCAAAUGGGGUAUGUCCAGUCUUUUUUAGUAACCACUUGGUCACAAACACUGGCCAAAAUUAGCGUUCAAUUUAGUUUUUUUACUUUUUUCACACACAAACAAAUAUGAAUGCUUACUUUGGCCAGUGUUUUCGACUAAGUGGCUACUAAAAAAGACUGGACAUACCCCAUAUUGAAUACCCUGGGUUGUCUACUUUAAAAAAAAUAUGUACAUGUGGGGUGUUAUUCAGAGAUUUAUGACAGAUAAUAGUGUUACAAUGUCACUAUUGAUAAAUUUUAAAAUGUAUGUUUUGAAACCGCAAUAUCCUACUUGUACCUAUAGCCCUAUAACAUGCAAAAAAAAGCAAAAAAGCACGUAAACACUAGGUAUUUGUAAACUCAGGACAAAAUUUUGAAUCUAUUUAGCAGUUUUUUUCAUUCGCUUUUGUAGAUGAGUAAAAGAUUUUUCAAGUAAAAGUCAAAAAACAUGUAUUUUUUUCAAUUUUUCAUCAUAUUUUUUUAUUUUUUUUAAAUUAAAAUACAUGAGAUUAUAUAAAUAAUGGUAUGUAAAGAAAGCCCCUUUUGUCCUGAAAAAAACAAUAUAUAAUUUGUAUGGGAACAGUAAAUGAGAAAGCGGAAAAUUACAGCCAAACACAAACACCACAAAAGUGUAAAAAUAUUCCUGGUCGCAAAUGUACAACAUCGCAAAAACAGUCCAGUCCUUAAGGGGUUAACAAAGCUUGAAAGAUCCACAGAAAGGAACCUUGUGCUUUGUAUUUUACCUUCCAAUUGGUCACAGGAAGUAAGAACAAAAGACAUAACACAUUUGUAAAUGUAGACUAAAACACAACCCGGUGACUCUCUGUUCCACAAUUACUACUCACCAAUGUUGUCCUUGAGUAGGCACAGGACAUAGGGAAAGGGAGUGUUCAUGCACCUAGUAGGUAGUCUCUGUGCAGUGAUAGCCUUUCAAAGCACAGUAUUUAUGUAUAAUGUUGGUAAGAUGCAACUCAAUAUUACGUCCUCCAGGCAUUAUCAGCCAACACUCUGUGUGGGAAUGAACUGGAGCUGUAAAAGCCAGAUUUGCCACUGCUUCAGGCAGAGACAUUCUGCUCUCUUCCAGUCCAAGAGGGGCUGACUGUAUAAGGAUAGAGUGUGUGACAACUUUGUUUUUAACAUCAAAGCCCUUUUUGGUUAAUGGAAAUUAACAAUUUGUUUUUUGUCUUUUGUAAUGAUUAUUUAAAUUUUUUCCAUUUGUUAUAUAUUUACAACUUUAUCUACUUUUAAGAUCCUCCUAUAAAAGCUGGAAGCAGAGCUGGUGGUUUUGAGCCCUGUUGUUUUAUGUACAUUGUGCGCCAUGAUGAAGAUCUCUAUUCGCCAGUUCUUCGUAAGCUCUACAAUGAAUCACACGGCAUCUUUGUGGGUCUGCAGAAGAUUGAUGAGGAAUCCAGCAAGUCUCGAAAAGCACAGUAUGUCUGUGAUAUGUAUUUGAUGGGUGGGGUACAUAUUACAAUGAAGAAGGGGUCCAUGGCACUAAGAGGACUAGUAUUACUGUAAAUAUUUGGUUGGUUUCAAGGUUAGCAAGUAAUAAAGAAAUAUCAGUUUAGUCUGACUGCUUUUGAAUAGUUACCUAUUCCUUACCAGAACACAUUGGAUUUUCUACUUUUGUGGCUGGGAAGGUAUCAUGUGGACUAUUUGUUAGAUUCAAAGCACCUACUUUGUAAACAAAGGCCAAGAAACUUUUAAAAAAAAUGCAAAUUAUAUCCCUAGUUCAGAACUCUGGUGCUUGUUGUCUGUUUUGUUUGUGGAUUUUUUAUUUUUAAUUUUUUAUUGGCGGACUGAAAAUCUUUUUUUAUUUGUUUUUGUGUGUGUUCUCAGUCAAUCUCAGCCAAUGAGCUAACCUCUGUUCUGCAAUGUCUGUCUCCAGGUGAGAUAGUGACCAAUGCCCAGUGGACCCCAGGUAUAUUAGUAGUAGUUGUUUGACUACUUAAGAGUUGUUGUUUUUUUUUAGUUGUUUUGUUCCAUAUUAGGUUAUCUGUCCAGUAAGGAGGCUACAAUAGCCAUUUGUACAUUACUGCGGCUAAAAUUAAGAGUAAACAAACGUAUCAUAAGUAAAAAUUCUUCUUCUUUUUUUUUUUUUUUAAAUCAGGUUUAUAGGAGUGAGUAAGAAUUAUCGCUCAGUACUCCAGGCUUGUAUACACGAGAUGCACCAACUAACUGGUGAGUAGAAGAUUAUGCUGAUUGUAAAUGCUUAUUGUAAUUAUAAACGGCUAUCAAACACCUAAAAAAGACAAUACUGCCCUUUAAACCCCAAAAUACAAUCCUACGAGUGUAUUAACUAAAGUGAUACUUGUCAGCAAUGUUAAGUGAAUUUCAAUUCUGAGUACAAAGUAGCCGAACUUGAAGCAUAGCUGACAUGGAUAAUUUGGCAGUUUGACUACUUUGGCCUCUCUUGCCGGCCUCCAUGCCUCGUAAAUUUUUAUUUGAACGGCAUCCCAGAAUGCCUCUGUUCCUGGACCUCCUUGUUUGUUGCUCUGUUCAAUCUCUUCUGGACAGUUACAAUUCUGUUUUGUAUAUGAAAUUCCUCUGUUGCUUGAGUGAAUCUCCUGCACAUAUUACUCCUCUCCAUAUAUGUUUUAUUCCCUAUUAGUUUCUACACGUGAUGUUGCAGAAAGUAACAAGUACUCUUUCCAGGUGGGUAAAUUGGAUACUCUGAGUGGGUGAUGUGUAAUAACAUAUUAUAUACCGACCUCAUUACCCCUUACAAUGUGUUUAAACUGAAGUAUGUUAUUUUCCUUAGGUUUCCAUACUAUCUGCCAUGGAGCUGACCUGGAACCUCUGUGAGAUACUCUUCAUUGAAGCAGCAUCAGGUGAGAGAUUGAAGGACUUGAGGUUAAACCAAAAGUCCUUGUGUAUGUUACGGACUGUCAGAGAGCAGUUAUGUAGACACAGGCUUGUUUUGACAUAAAACAGACAAUUUUAAAAAAUGCAUUACUGACAUUUAUAAAUCGCCAACAUAUUCAGCAACGCUGUACAAUUGUGAAAACAAUACAGUAUAAACAGACCGCUACAAAAGGUAGAUGACCCUGCCCGUAAGCUUAUAAUCUAGGUAGGAACCAACCAAGCCAAAAGGAUAGUUUAGUUUCCAGGAACGAGUUUCCAUUAAAGAGAGGUUCAGACAUAUAGAGAUAUUUUUGCUAGGGGUACCACACCUAUCUCAAGUUUAAUUAGUCGCUGUAACGGAAACCGCUGGCACCCCGACCGGGUACCUUCUGUUGAUGGAUGCUCCUAGUGCUUUCCGAGGACUCCAAGCACUCUGCCAGACACCAUAACCACUAUAGACUCCCACGAACCGCCGCAGCUUGGUUGGGGUCUCGCCGUCUCCACCCACUCUGGACCCAAGACCAGGAUCCAGCUUCCAGAGAGCAGGAACAAGCUCUUAGCCGAGCUUAGUGAUUAUACCCUGUGGAGUAUAGUGAUUAUAGCAAUCCCCAGAGUGUAGUUCUCCAAUCCCCCAAACAUGAGCCGAAACUUCAUGAAGGUACAAGAUGAUCUGCUUUAAUUGGCACCAAAGAGCCUUCUUUUAUGCAGUUUUUCCUUACAUAGGACCACCCACAGGGUUUUACAGAACCAAUAACACACGUACGUUACAGAAAACACUCCCAGCAAUUAUACACAAAAUCCUCCCCUCUGCCUGUGAUAUAAUUAUGGUACACAAUGGGUAACAUAAUUAUCAAAGACAGGAAAAAUAGUUUUUAUACAUAUACUUUAACUUUAAAAAUAGUUAAAUCUUCAUAAAAACAUAUUCAAACUCAGCACACUUUAAUUAUAAAUAUAUCCAAAAUUCAGACAAAUCCAUCCAGUAGAUAAAAAGUUAGACGGAAGUCCUUUACGACCGACCGCAAGCACAUUUUCAUGCCCAAAACAGUUCCAUAGAUUUGGGCUGUGCGGUCGGUCUAUUUCAUGCAGAAAAAUGACUGAGGCCGUUCGUGCAUUUGGCUCGGUAUAACAGUGAGUUCAAACUGCCGAACGGGUCUCUGCAGCUGAAAACUGAGUGUAGGAGAAGGUAAGGGUCAGCGGUGUUCGUUGAAAUGUGUAGCCGAUUUCAGUUCCAUGAAUUUUGCUACACAUACCGCUGACCUCGUUCGAAUGAACAAAGAUAGACGCUGCCGCAUGUUUGUUUGCACGAACUGCAGCCACCCAGUGGUCGGCAAUUUACCUACAGCAGGCUCCCAGCCUGGGAGGUAAAUUGCCUGCACACUUCCACUUCUGGGUGGUCCGUCUGUGUGGUACUUGGUUCAGUAAGCCCCAUUUACUGAACCAAGUAAAUAAUAGCCUUAAACAAAGGAAUUUAACCAAGUCUGGGGACACUGGGAACACCGUCUUAAAGGGGCACUGUCACACAAAGUCUCAAUAUAUCCCCAGAUGGUUCUUAAAGGGCCAGCAUGGUCCAAUAAAAGUCCAUAAACCACAAUGCAGUUCUUAAAGGGCCAGCAGCACAAUAUAAAUCCAUUAGCCCAAAUAAUGUUUGUAAAGUGCCAUACAACCCAGGGCCAUAGUCAUGAGGCAGGAGGCUGGCACUCAGGCUCCUCCAACAGCCAGGGGCGAAGGGCAACUUGUCACCUAAAAAUCCAGUGACAAAGGGCAUUUCGUCACAGUCGCCUCACCUCUAACCUGGUUUCAUGGGUCAGUUUGAGCACCAUAAGAGAUUUGCAUUGCUGCAAAGUAUGUGGCACUUUCAGUUUCCUGAGCCCAAUUCCAUUUAUAGGAAUAACUUUUAGUGAUGAUGGCUGCCAGUCAGAUAACUAGACCACUUGGCUUUGGAUUGCUUUAGAUUAAUUUUGUCCAUAUUUUAAAUGCUGUGUCCAUGCACACAUUAGGGAAGCCUAUCUCCUCUCUGGAGAGAGCCGAGUCAUGGACUGUGUGCGCACUGUCUGGGACUGUGCUGAUUGCAAAACACAUUCUGGUCCAGUAAACAUACAUUUGUAUAUGGAGAUGGGAGAACAUGGUUGGUUUGAACAUCGAGCGAGUCCAGUAACUCCCUACAUUAUAAUUGUCUAAUGUAUCGAGAACUUAAGUACGAAUACAAGCAGGGUGCAUUGUGAUGCAAUGUAACACUUAAUAUUUUGUUUUAGCCGGUCCCCUGUUAAUACUCCUACUUGACUGGGUGCGUCUCCAUGUUUGUGAGGUGGACAGUCUUGCCCAAGAAGUGCUUGAAAGUCAAACUCCCACACAACACGACAGAUUUUGGGAUGCGGUGAGUGUUGAAUGCUCAUCAACCUCACACCUUUUUUUUUUUUUUUUUGUCCUUUUCUGUCUUUCUGUUGUCAUUCUCUACAGACUCAAGCAUUUUAGAGCCUAGGCAAUAGGCAAUUACUGUCAAUAUCUUCGAUUUCUGAGUAUAGCCUCUAGCCCUGUUACAAACCCCUAGCUAUCAGUCAGCAUGUUGUGUACAAGUUCUGAUAAACACUGUACACCAUCUCAUUUUCAGAUCACUGGCUGUGUCCUGCAGGGAAGAAUGGAUGAAGCACGGCAGUUACUGUCCAAAGAAACAUCUUCCAACGUGAACUCCCGGAGCAUGUGCCGUAUCCUGGACGACCUCUUGAAAAAGAUGCCCAUGCUGAGUGUAUGCAGAUAAAUCUUAUUAAUAAUGCUAUACUUGCAUUAAUGCUUUUGAUAUAUUUCAAAAUACAACCCUGUAGAGGGACAUUCAAGUUAAAAUAAAAAGGGGGAGGGUGAAUGGUGGUCAGCAUGACACUACCUAUAACUAUCAUCACGUAUAUUGUGUGGGACAUGUGUACUAAACAAUUGAGCAAACCAUCUGCUUCUCAGCCAUUAUUACCCCAUCCCUUGACUAUCGGGAUGGGUUAUUACAAGAAUGAGAAUAAGAUGAUUCAGCCUCUGUUAUCCUCUUAGCCUCUCCACAGUGACCAUCAAUUGUGUAAAUGGAACUAUCGACUGGAAACGGAAAUAUCGCCUGGAAAGCUAUGACAACCUAUUAGUGAUAGGAUGGGUUCUGUAAUACCAGGAAUAUUAUGCCAGAAGUACCAGUUGUACUGUGCACAUAUCUGGGCAGGUUGAAAUCAAGGAGACGUUUUUUGUCUAUCUGGCCAUUGAAUGCCAAAUCUCAGCAGUAAUUGAUAAUGUGAUCAGUUUUGCUAGUCUAGACUGAGCAUUAGGAAUUUAGUGAGUUAACCGGUCAGCUUUUUAAAAAUAAAAAAAAAAACAUAUAUUUUUUUAAAUGCUCUACCUUAUUAUUUUUUAUUUUUUUCUCCUUACCUUUGCAGUCCUCAACAGCACAGACUCUAACAGAAUUUGAACUUAAGUGGCAGCAUUGGCGUGAAGAAUGUACACAUCACCUGCAGUGCGGGACCUUCUCCUCCAGCCAGGACAUGGAAUCUAUCUGCAAGGUAACAGUGACUUCAUAAAAUACCUGGUUAUUAGCCCCACUAGGCUGGAUUAAAUUGUGACACCUAUGGCUUAUGUCCACAGAUUCUUUUGGGCGAUGAAGAGACUUUACUGGAAAGGAGGGAACUUAUGACAACCUGGUAUCACUACCUUGUGUCACAUCUGCUCUUUACACAUCCAACAGUGAAACCCACAGAACUGCAUUCCUAUGCACAGGUAAAAUAUGGAUGGUGCUCGUUUUUUUUUUUUUUGCACAUUGAUAGUGUGAUUGUAUUUCUCCUGCAGAAUGUCAUUAUUUAUUCAAUACAACAGUCUAAAUCGGGGACUCUCAAGAGUUUACUUAGCAGUGAAUUUAAAAAACAAACAAACCACAAACUGCAGCUGUUGCAGAGCGUUUAAGAUUACAGUGGACUAUUAUCAAAUUACAUUAUUACAGGUGCAUUCCCAUCCUACAGACAACUUAAGCUUAUUUUAUUUGUUUUGGAUAGCCUAAAAUAAAGGUCCUCAGCACUCAGACGAUACGUAUUGGUGGUUUACUCAGCCAUCAAAGUAAUAAACCACUUGUAUGUAUUGCUGAGUCCUGAGGAUCUUUAUUUGAUUUUGUUCAUUAUUGGGGUCUGGUUGAUCAGAAACACUACCUUAUAUUGUCAAUGGAGUAUAUUCGAAGCUUGGGCUUGUCACCAGUGGGGUACCUCAGGGAUCUGUACUUGGACCCAUUCUCUUUAAUGUUUUUAUUAUUGAUAUCGCAGAAGGUCUUGAUGGUAAGGUAUGUCUUUUUGCUGAUGAUACUAAGAUAUGUAACAGGGUUUGAUGUUCCAAGAGGGAUAAGCCAAAUGGCAAAUGAUUUAGGUAAACUAGAAAAAUGGUCAGAGUUGUGGCAACUGACAUUUAAUGUGGAUAAGUGCAAGAUAAUGCAUCUUGGACGUAAAAACCCAAGGGCAGAGUACAGAAUAUUUGAUAGAGUCCUAACCUCAACAUCUGAGGAAAGGGAUUUAGGGGUGAUUAUUUCUGAUGACUUAAAGGUAGGCAGACAAUGUAAUAGAGUAGCAGGAAAUGCUAGCAGAAUGCUUGGUUGUAUAGGGAGAGGUAUUAGCAGUAGAAAGAGGGAAGUACUCAUGCCAUUGUGCAGAACACUGGUGAGACCUCACUUGGAGUAUUGUACGCAGUACUGGAGACCGUAUCUCCAGAAGGAUAUUGAUACUUUAGAGAGAGUUCAGAGAAGGGCUACUAAACUGGUUCAUGCAUUGCAGGAUAAAACUUACAAGGAAAGGUUAAAGGAACUUAACAUGUAUAGCUUGGAGGAAAGACGAGACCGGGGGGAUAUGAUAGAAACAUUUAAAUACAUAAAGUGAAUCAACAUGGUAAAGGAGGAGACUAUAUUUAAAAGAAGAACUACCACAACAAGAGGACAUAGUCUUAAAUUAGAGGGACAAAGGUUUAAAAAUAAUAUCCGGAAGUAUUACUUUACUGAGAGGGUAGUGGGUGCAUGGAAUAGGCUUCCAGCUGAAAUGGUAGAGGUUAACACAGUAAAGGAGUUUAAGCAUGCGUGGGAUAUGCAUAAGGCUAUCCUAACUAUAAGAUAAGGACAGGGACUAAUGAAAGUAUUUAAAAAAACAAAACAUUGGGCUGACUAGAUGGGCCGAAUGGUUAUCUGCCAUCACGUUCUAUGUUUCUUAUAGCAUUAGAACCAAAAUGUGGAUUACCACAAUCGUGCCUACCAGCACUAUGUCCUUAAGUGGCUUUGGCACAGGAGUGUCAUGGCUCUGUCUUACCUUCAGGAGUUUAACUGUUCUGCCAUGAUUUACACCAGAAGUUGGCGUUCCAAGGCUUGGCAUCUCUGCUUACUUACUCGUUGUGCUGCAGUAUGAGGAAGAUUUAGCUGGGUGGCCAUGGACUGAGAGUAUCAGCCCUAGCCAUAACUUUCCUGGCUGUGACUCGGCCAACACGGGAAAAAUGGUUUCAUUUUCAGUCAGCCCUUACAGAAUAGUGUGUUUACAGCUUUGGGCACCAAUUUUAAAAAAAUUCGAUAUCAGAGCUAGGAAAGGUGCAGAGAUGAGCUACAAAAUUAAUAAGGGGAAUGGAAACUUUUGGAAAGGCGAGAAAAACUGCAUUUGUGUUUUUUUUGUUUUUUUUUUUAUAUAAAAGGCAUCUCAGAAAGCAUAUGAUAGCACUGUACAAAUAAAUACAGGUUUAGUACAACAGCUUUGUGCUAACAUGUUCUUUAGCAGUAAUAUACAAAAGGCAAGUCACCCAUUGAGACUGGAAGAAAGGUGAUUUCACUUACACCAGAGUGAAGGGUUCUUUACAGUAAAAACAAUAUAAAGAUGUGGAAUCAAAAUAAGUUGUGUUAGAUUCUAUAUAUAAUUAAAAAAAUGGCAAAUGGCCUGGAUAUGUAUUAUUUUUAUUUUUUGCAAAAACUGGAUAUUCAAGGAUUUGUGUUUUGUUGGUCCAAGGAGAGAUGCCAUUAUGGAAUCAAAGGAUUUUUUUAUUUUUUUAUUUCACUUUCUGUGGCAAAUUGGAAAUUGCUUCAUUUGAGGAUGGGGUGCAAACAACAUAAAGUAAUGGGUUUUUAAAGCUUGAACUUUGAGUGUUUGUUCAGCUUAGGUUAGUGUGUUACUAUCUCCUUCUCUGUUAAUUGAACUUUCAUCAAACACAGUGAGCUACUGUAGGCUCUAGCAGUCUAACAAAACAGGAGAUAAAAUGAAACACUUUUUGUGUAAUAAAGGAAGUUUAAAAAAAUAAAAUAUAUAUAUAUAUAUCUUUUUGGGGAAGUGUGUAGGGCAACUAUAUGAGUCUCAGCCAAUGGAGUUGUCAAUAGGGCUGCAUAAACAAAGUGAUUAAACUCCUAUAAAUGGCAGAUAAUUGAACAGUUGUUUUAUGGAUAAAAAUAUAGCAGAUAAAUCUUAUUAAUAGGGCUAUACUCCCAUUAAAGCUUUUGAUAUUUCAAAUUACAACUCUACAGAGUGACAGUCAAGUUAAAAUUUUAAAAAAAAAGUGGGUGGUAUCAGCAUGAUACUCCCCUAUAGCUAUCACCAUGUUUGUGUUGGGCAUGUGUACUAAAAAAUUGAGCAAACCAGCUGCUUCUCAACCAUUAAUACCCCAUCCCUUGACUAUCGGGAUGAGUUAUUAGAAUGAGAAUAAGGAGGUUCAGCCUUUGUUAUCCUCUUUGCCUCUCCAGCAGUGGGAGCAGUGACCAGCAAUUGUGUAAAUGGAACUAUAUAUAUAUAUAUAUAUAUAUAUAUAUAUAUAUAUAUAUAUAUAUCUCAAAACCGCUUCAUUAAGCUAAAGUUGUUUUGGUGCUUAGUUUGACCUUUAAAAGAUACAUUUUUGGUGAGGCGGAGUCUGACUGCCAAAGCGGACGGUCGCACAUGUCUGGAGCUCCGGGCCGCAAAGCUGAAAAAACCCUAUUUUCUGAUACCCAGACGGGACCAACAGGGCCCGACAGUUCCCCCAGGUGCCCUGAACCCAGAUGGGGAAAAAAACAAAAAAAGCGAGACAAGAAGCGCCCCGAACGGGCAUGAACAUAGGAGAGAUGUGGCGGCAGGCUCGUGGCGCACAAGGGCCUGGGAUGGCGGCCAUUGCUGGGCAUUGCUCAGACCUCUCGGACGACUUCUCUUGUGGAACCGAUGAGGGCUACACACCUGCUACGGCGCUUCCCCCGCCGCGGAUCCCGACAGCACAGCCGGACACCGCUCCUGUGACGGCCGCACUCUUGAAAGAACUGCUGGCGGAUUUACAAAAGAACCUCCAGGCAGACAUGGCCACAAUACGCCAAGACUUGAAAGGCCUGACUGGCAGGAUAGGAGCCUUGGAAACCACCUCACUCUCAGCCAAACAGCAGAUCACCACCCUCCAGCAGGAGGUCAGAGACCUGCGAACACUGAACGGCUCCUAUGAAAGGCGCUUUGCAGCCCUUGAAGACUCCCGCCGUCGGAAUAACAUAAAGGUCAGGGGGGUCCCCGACAACGUACCCGAAGCGGAGCUCCCGCACGUGGUAAGGAGACUACUUGCGGCCCUGCUCACACCCAAACUGUCCAAAGCAUUAGAGAUAGAGGGCAUAUUCAGGGUGCCCAAACCUGCCCAGGCACCAACCUCUGCCACGAGGGACGUGAUCGUACAAUUCGUUAAAGGGAGAGACAAAGCAACCCUCCUAAAUGCACUACGCGGCAACUCACCUCACUCCUUCGAAGGUAUGGACCUAACCUUUUAUGCGGAUUUGUGCAGCAGCACCUUGGCAUGGCGUCGGGAGCUGCGGCCGCUUACUAUCCUCCUACAGAAGCAUAACCUUAACUACAGAUGGCGACCCUCACGUGCCCUGUCAGUCGCCCAUGGGACUACAACUCACAUCAUCCGAGACCUCCAAGAAGCCAAAACGCUCCUGCAGAAACUGGGCAUUCCCCAACACCUCCUACCCACCGAAGCACCGGAGGCAGCACAGCGGCCAACCCACGGAUGGAAUCCGGAAACUACGGCGGAAUUUGUACCCAGACAGGCCGCCCAGGGCUUACAGGACACUACCAAGACCUGACUUUAUGGGAGACAGCCUAUCAUAGGCCCAGUACUGGACCCACACACUCUGGCAUCCCGAUCCACACAAGGCCCUUAAACCCAGAUACCCACUCACAAGCUGAGCAUACACCGCUUAUUAACCUCCCUUAGAUUGGUGGAAGGUACCCGCCACGGUCCCCCCCCCCCUCAGGAAUAUAAUUUAUUUAUUUUUCUCCUCCCCGUUCAUACUAUAUACAUAUAUAGUCUCCCCCGUAGGUAUGCAACACCGCUCCUACUACCGGCAACUCCAAUCCAGCACAACACCUUGCACAACAGCAUCCACACAGGGGAAUUGCUCGCAGUGCACUCUCACUUUUCUUUUCCCGCUCCAUUCUAUAUGUGCAACGAGUGACAGGGACCUAGCAGGGUUACCGGGCCCGGUGGCUUUCUCAGCUACGAGUCACCACUCUUUAUCUUCAGGGGAUUUAUGGGCCCUAUCCCUAACAUGAUCACAUAACUUACACUAUGUCAGCAAUUUAUUUGGGUAAUUACAGUAUAGCCUGAUACAGUUAGCUAUGAGAUCGAAGCAGCUAUUAGACCACAUACUAUUACUUACCUAACCAAUGCCUACCUAUAAAAAUUGUACAUAAUCCUGCAGCCAUAAUACGUUUUGACAUGGCAUUCGCUUUUUGGUAUUUGUCAUAUUGCCUGUGACCUUUCAUAUUUACUCUUGUGCCCUAUAUCAAUGAAGGCAUAUUGUGGUUCAUCUCUCUAACAAUACCAGUCUACUUAGCUUGCCUAAGCUACCCUCUGCGGGACUUCCUAGUCCAUGAACAUAGUAACGUAAGCUUGAACAACUAACCUGCAAUGUUCUUUAACACCAUUAUUGCCUAUCCUACGCUAAUACAGUUUCUACUGUUUAACAACAAUCAACCUAGAUAUAACUCGUUAAGUGUUUCAAAAAUUUUUAAAAAAUGUGCAAAGUUUUUUUCCACUGCCUAAUUAAUGUAAACCUUUGUUUAACUCUGCAUACCCUGGCUAUGGUGGCACGGUACGCUUUAUGUGAAAUUCCAUGCACAAAUAAAAUAAAGAAUUCAAAAAAAAAAAAAAGAUACAUUUUUAAACAGAGGCUUGAUUGUCAGUAUAAUAGAGAAGAGAAACGAAUAAUGUAAGGUUUUCUUAUUACAUAAAUUUUAGAAAUGACUCCUAAAAUGUUGUUGGAUGUGUUUUGCUGCACUUAGAGCGCUAUCUAUCAUGCAGAUCAGGUGCUACUCUGCAGCAAAAUGCAGCUCGAUAAGAUAUAUUCUGUUGCUUUGUGUACUGAUUGCUCCCGAUUUAGCACUCAGCCCCUGGGUAUCACUUGUUUUUGAUUCAAUCAAGUCAUAAACUAGAAUAAUAGAACAGUCUUCAUUAGUGAGGGUGUUUAUUGAUACACUUCUCAGUAUUUCUAGUAGAGGAUACACACAGAAUGGAACUUUGGAUAUUUUGGUCCGACAAAUGCACAGCGUAUUGUAACCAAGCCUUUUUUCCAAUGUUUCAGUCCAGCCUUAACAUAUUUUUAUCAGGAGAGAGCACCGCAGAGCCCCUCGACAACAUCCUAUUGGCUGCAUUUGAGCUUGACAUUCACCAGGUCAUUAAGGAGUUCAGGCAAGUUUGUGGAUUUUUUUAUUAAUGUUGAAGCACUAGCUCUAGUUUGCUUUGUAUAACUUGAGCUUUCUUUUGUCUCAUGUUGGUAUAAUCCAUCUAUCUACUGUAUUUUUUUUCCUGUUGUGAUGUGUUUUUCCACUUCUUGUUCUCUUGUUUUCACAGCAUUGUCUCCAGUAACUGGUGGUUUGUGGCUCACCUGACUGACCUGCUAGAUCACUGCCAGCUCUUCCAGUCACACAGCUUAUAGUACGUGUCUUGGGUAACAUUAAAAUGUGGCUCAAGUGCUUUUCACAUCUCCCUAGAGUGCAGUUUGUUUAAUCGAGUGUAGUGUCAAGCGAAUAGCUUAGCUGGCCAUGCAUUGGAUCCUAUAUUAUAUUAUCAAUUUUUUUUUAAUGUAUUUAUUUUGUUAUGUGGGAGCUGCAUCCAGUUAAUCUUGGUGUGUAUAUAUAUAUGUAUGUGUGUAUAUGGAGUCCUGAUGAAAGCUCCAUGGGGAGCUGAAACGUUGACAUCGUUUUUGGAAUAAAAGAAAAUUUAAGAUUGGAAAUUCCUAGAGUGCCGGUAUUUUUUUUUGGAUAUGUUACUAUAGCGACCAGAGCACCAGAUAUCAUUUUUUUUCGUUUGGUUGGAGUGCUGGAAUUUGUUCUAUUUUUGUAUGUGUGUGUGUAAUAUAAUCUACCAUGUAAUCUAGACGGCUACCCGUGUGAUAACUAAGCCUCGGGCACAUUAGACCCACCUGCCAAUAGAGUAUAGCGUACUUUACCCCACUCUGGCCCACGACAGCUGCCUAACCUGAUAGCUCUAAUCUAGUGCGCGUCAGAGCAAAACUAGCAAAUAGUCAUGUAUAGCAGACCCUGUAUAGCCUUACCUCACUAAGCACAGUGUCCUGUUAAAUGCAAGUGUUACAAGCUGAUUACUCUGUGGAUACCCUACACUCGACUGUACCUACCACUCAUAUUUACACCGCACCUACUUGUUUGAACUGCGUAGUACUACACUGUUAAACUGUACAUACCUAAAAAAAAAAAAAAAAAGAGGCCGUUAUAAUGAGAAGUUCAUGCAAUAUUUUUUCUAUCUGUUAUGCACAACGUAUGUUUUAUUUAUGCAUUAACUCCUUGCUUUCUUUUCUGUACUGAUUCAUCAUAUGCCUCAAUAAAAACAAAGAUUGACAAAAUAUAAAUAAAUUAGACCACAAUAGUUUGAUUUAGCAAGUCAACAUUGUAUUGGACACACAGAAAUCCUUAAAUCUCUGUAAAAAUACCAACAAAUAGAAAGUUAGAGGCACAGGUAAUUGCAGUACCUAAAGGGUUAAAUGAUACAGUUUCUCCUGAGCUGCAGCUCCUCUCUCACUGUAAUUCCAGCAGUGAAAAUCAGAUAAACAUAGAAAAACAUAAUGGGUUUGCACAAAAUGUGCUACCAGGCAUUUAUUUGAAGAACAAGCAAACGUUUCGGGUGCAAGCCCUUUUCCAAUGUCAGUAACAACACUCUUCUCUACAAGAAGCAUUUGUUUUGUCAAUGUCCAGUAGUAACAAAGAAAUAUUUGUUCAAAUUUUAGUAUAUGCAUAUUUUUAUUUAUGUCAAUGGUUAUACGCAUUCCAAAACAUGCAUUUUUGGACAUUACCAUUUAAUAUCAGAUCAUUUAAUGUAAUCCAAGGCAACUUUUAUUGUCAGAUCUGAUUUUUAAUAUCAGAUUUCCAAUUCACUGUGUGGCAGGCAAGGUUUUAACAUACGCAGUACUUUUGUGAGCGAUGUCGGUUUAUUUGAACUGGUUACUUCAUUCCAGAGGGAUUGAGUAUCUCUCCGGCACUGCAUUUAAAGGGACCAUCUCGUCAUAACCGUUACAUUGCUAGCUGACAUUUUUCAUCCAAUGAAUUCCAUUCAAAGUUAGACGGGAUUUAUAUUUUUAAAGUGGUAGGGAAACGUUCGCUUUAGUGAUAACUGUGAAGAGGGGAGAGAUUGCAGGUGCCGGUGGAACUCGAGUAAGUAUCAAACUGUUUGGAUAAUUUCACUCUUAACUGUGAGAUGGCCGUGUUGAAAGUUAUGAAAUAAUUUUGAAUAGUUUGCAUGGUGUCUGGCUCAUGAUAACCAGCUGUCCUUAUACUGUUUACUUUAUAGUUUUGGGUCAAACAUGAGAGAGUUUCUUCUGCUUGAAUAUGCGUCUGGACUCUUCUCCCAUCACAGGUAACCUUUAUUGUCUUGAAAUAAUUUCUUGCACUUUCAAUCUGUGUCUCUCUUUAUGUUCUUUGCACCAUUUGUUUAUAUAUUUAUUUCCCAAUAGCCUUUGGCAACUAGGAGUUAGCUAUUUUGACUACUGUCCUGAGCAAGGACGUGCGUACCUUGAGCUUCACAUAGAAAGAAUCCCUCUUACUACUGAGAAAAAAGCUCUGAAGGUCCUGCAGAUCUGUGAGAAAAGACAGAUGACUGAACAAGGUGAGAUAAAUGUAAUGUCCUUUUAACAAUCUAAGUACUUUCAUUACCAGUCAUUUAUGUAAAGGGACACUAAAAGUACCAUAAGCACUACAGCCCAUUGUAACCAUGGUACAGGGAGCCUACUGACACCAGCCCAUAUUUCUUUGAGUGUUUUGACACAAUCUGAUGUUACCCCAGACGCAACGGCUCACAAUAUUGCUACUUCCUAGUUACCCAUGCUCAUUGGCAGUGCCAGUUUGGUCCAGAUUUGGAGAGAAUUCAUUGACUGUGUGAAUGAUGCCCAAAUUUGGCCAUUAGCCCCUGGGAGUGCUUCAGUUUGUGUCAAAGUGCUCAAAUCGUUUGAUGCUGAACUGGGAAAUGGUCACCACAUGGGGGUUUAUGGUGCUUAACGUGCCCAUUAAACUUUGGUGUUUUGCGAGUGUCUGCCUGCCAUUAGGUGUCCUAUUUUGACUGGCUUUUGCAAGUCAAGUUAUUUAUGAUAUUAAGUAUAUCUUUUAUUAAUAAUUAAGUCCGCAGUAUCUGCAAGACAUUGGCAAUGAAGGCCCUGCGCAAUGGCCGUUUGGGAUCAGCAUUAUCGUGGAGUAUUCGAGCCAAAGAUGCAGCUUUUGCAACACUCAUAUCAGACAGGUGAGUCUGGGUGCUGAAUUACAUAUCAGUCCGGUGAGAUUGGGUGGAGUCCCCCGUUGGUGAUAUUUAAAUCGAAACUCUAUAUCCAAAAAUGCAUUAUUAAAGGAACACUCAAAAAACUUGGCUUGCAGAAGAGUGGUGUGUUGUGAACAGUGUCCUUGCCCAGAGCACCUGCCUUGAGCUGCAUUGGGAAGUCUGUGUGGACAGCCACAUAAAGUAUGCGCAGGGUUAGAAGGGGAGGGCUUGCAAAGGCUUCAGAGAAGACAUCUGUAGCUUUCAAACACCAUAACUAUUUCCAUACGAUGCAGCGGUUAUGUUGCUUAGAGUGAUACAAUCUGUAUUUCCAUUGCAGGUUCCUAAACGAUUAUUGUGAGCGUGGGAAAUUCUCAGACUUGGACCUGCUUGACAACCUGGGUCCUACCAUGCUGCUCAGCGACCGUCUCACAUUCCUAGGUUAGUGCAUUAACUGUGGCAAUGGCACAUUUUCGAUUAAGAUGCUUAUCUUGGCUGCUGUUUUCUUACUGUCCUUUCCAUUGACACUCAUUUUGAUCCUAGGAAAGUACAGGGAGUUUCAUAGGAUGUACAAUGAGCAGCAGUUUACAGAAGCAGCUGGUUUGCUGCUCUCUCUCUUGACGGCUAACAUAGCACCAAGUUUCUUCAGGCUCACUCUUCUGCUGGACGCCCUGCCGCUCCUUGAACAGAACGAGGUGAGCUAGACGCACAACUCAUUACUGUAAAAAGGCAAUGCAUUGAUCACUCUCUAAACUCUAUGAAAUGGCUAAUCCUGCUAACAUGAUUUGCAAUCUCAUUUUACUUUAAAAGGUGAUCUUCUCUUCUAAGCAAACCUAUGCAUUAAUGAAAUGCUUGGAAGACCGGAUGACGGUGAAACAAGAAUUGACACAGGAGCCAACAUCACAGGUAAACAAAACAUUCUAAGAUUUCAGUGGCUAACCUAUCGGUGCAGAUCUGUAUUUACAGUUUGUUCUUUAAUACAUUUUGGUUGGAAGUAUAGGGUAAUGGAUGUAGAUUGGUUCACCCAUGGAGCAAUAAGUGUUAAUGGAUUAUAAAGGAAUAGGUGGUGGGCAGUACUGCAUCAAUGGGUAUGACAAAAUUGGAUAAAAGAAAUAUGGUAAAAUACCCACACCUAAUGGUGUCUUUUAUUGAAUGGACAUUCCAGAUUUGGAAAUUGUAAUCUAUGUAUAUAUAUAUUACAUAAUUUGAGUAUAUAUUCCACCUGGUGCAGGGAGAAUGAAGGGUCCCCAUGUGAGGUGAUGCCCUCAAUGCAUACUAUGAUAUAGGCCAGGUAUAGGCAACCGUCGGCACGCCAGAUGUUUUGGACUACAUCUCCCAUGAUGCUUUGCCAACAUUAUCUGGAGUGCCCGAAGGUUGCCUGUCUCUGACAUAGGCAAUUAUAAACUGUGUUAAUACACAUUUUAUAUAUUCUACUAAAGGAAGGAUACCGUGGCCAUUGUAAAAAUGUGCUAAUUGACUCUUCCUUUGAGCAGGGCUCAAAAUUUCCUUUCCUCACCAGCCAUUGGCAAGCAAAACUUCACUCCUGGUGAGUGUGCCACAGGCUCUCCAGGCUUGCAGUAGCAAAUAACUUUUAAGACUGGCUAGUUGCGUAUGACUUGUAUAGUGAAUGGAUCUCAGUGGACACCUGUUUAUGGCUUAUUUUGGCAUUCUAUAUUGCAGUACAUAAGAAUAAAAUAUCUGUUUGUAGACUGAUUUUUGUCCCUUGAAGUCGGAGCAAUAUUGUCAAUUAUUUAAUGGCCGCGUCAUGCACAUGAUUGGUUCCAAAGUAAAUCCUCCUGUAAAAGAACUGGGAAGACAGGGUUUGUUUUUUUUACUUUGAAAAGUAUAUAACAUUAAUAAACUUGGGCACAUCUCACAGCUAGGGGCAUUUCUUCAGCCUCACCUUCUGCAAGACCGCAAAUUACCUCAUUAUUCCUGAGCCAAGAAUUAUUUCCACAUCUUGGAAAUGAUGAUUCGAACAUGGUUAUUCAUAAAAACUUUACAUAACUCUUGAGGACUGUAGCUUAGUUUGUCUGUGUUGCAUGUUUGUUUUUUCCCUUCUAUUUACGGAUUAUGAUUAACUCUGUAUCUUUAACUCUAGGAACUGAACAUGGAGAAUACUAAAGUGGAAAUGUUGAGAUUGGCUCUUGCACGAAACCUGGCACGCGCAAUUGUGAAAGAGGCUAUGCUAAAAGCAUAGAACAAGGUUAUUUUGAAUACAUUUAUUUAUAACUUUUUUUUAUGUUCUGUUAUUGUAUUUUUAUCCCCCCCCCCCUCACCCAUUGAAGUUUGUCUAUCUAGAAAGACAUAUUAUUGCUGACACCAUCAUUCAUUGUUAAACCAGUUAAAAACCAUUAUAUGCGAGCCUCCAGUUACCAUAACCAUUUCAAUGAUACAAAGUGGUUAUGGUGCCAAGAGCGUCCUUUUAAUACUGGUGUGUGAAUUUAGUCAAGAAGAAUUGUUGGAGACAAUGUAAAUUACAAGGUUAAAUGUUUAUACUCCAUUGGAUUUUUUUUGUUACUUGAAAAUUAAUAAUAAAUACUUUUAUGCAUUAUAUAUAAUAA